AUGAGCGGGUCGGAGGAGGAGGCGGCGCAUGCGGCCGGCCGGGGCGGGGGCAGCGGGGGCGGGGGCGGGGGCGGCGCGGGCGGGUCGUCGGGGAGCGGCGGCGAGGGCCACCCGCGCCGGCGGUUCGACGACAAGACCCUGGUGGCGCGCACGUCGCUCAUCCUCUGGCACACGCACCAGAACGACGCGGCCGCCGUGCGCAAGCUGCUCGACGAGGACGGCACGCUCGUCAGCGCCCGCGACUACGACAGCCGCACGCCGCUCCACGUCGCCGCGCUCCACGGAUGGCAGGAAGUCGCCGAGUGCCUCCUCGCCAAGGGCGCAGACGUCAACGCGCUCGACCGCUGGCAGAACACGCCACUUGCUGAUGCAGAGGGUGCAAAGAGGCAUGCUAUGAUCGAACUGCUCAAGAAGCAUGGCGGGUUGACAUUCGGGAAAACUGGAAGCCACUUUGAAGCAAAGUCAAUUCCACCUCCCCUAACAAACAAGGCUGACUGGGAGAUUAACCCACUUGAAUUAGAUUUCACAAAAGCAGUAAUGAUCGGAAAGGGUUCUUUUGGUGAAAUCCUGAAAGCAAAUUGGCGAGGAACACCAAUUGCUGUCAAACGCAUUCUUCCAUCAUUAUCCGACGAUAGACUGGUUAUCCAAGAUUUUAAGCAUGAAGUCAAUUUGCUAAUAAAGCUGAGGCAUCCAAAUAUUGUACAGUUCCUUGGAGCAGUCACAGAAACCAAGCCUUUGAUGCUAGUUACCGAGUUCCUCCGAGGAGGUGAUCUUCAUCAAUAUCUCAAGGAGAAAGGCUCCCUCUCCCCACUUACUGCCGUUAACUUCGCAUUGGACAUCGCAAGAGGCAUGGCCUAUCUUCAUAACGAGCCUAAUGUUAUAAUUCAUCGGGACUUAAAGCCAAGAAAUAUUCUUUUAGUUAAUACUGCUGCCAACCACUUGAAAGUUGGAGAUUUCGGUCUUAGCAAAAUUAUCAAAUCUCAGCAUGCCAAUGAUGUAUACAAGAUGACCGGAGAGACCGGAAGCUAUCGGUACAUGGCUCCUGAAGUUUUCAAGCACCGGAAAUAUGACAAGAAAGUUGAUAUUUUCUCCUUUGCCAUGAUACUUUAUGAGAUGCUGGAAGGGGAUUCACCUUUUUCCAGUUAUGAACCUUAUGAGGCUGCUAAGUAUGUAUCAGAUGGGCAUCGCCCAACUUUCCGUUCAAAAGGACAUACCGCUGAGCUGAAAGAAUUGACUGAGGUAUGUUGGGCUGCGGAUAUCAAUUUGAGACCAUCUUUCCUAGAGAUACUCAAGAGGCUGGAGAAGAUCAAGGAAAGCUUGGCAUCCCACGAUCACCACUGGCAUUUGUUCUCACAAUAA